AUGACGUCAUGGCUGGGUCGAAUGAGCGGAAUACUUGCGCCGCUCCCUGAUGCCUCCCUCUUGGCGGGCGUACAGCAGCUUACCGCUCGUCUGCGCGCUGCGACCACCCCAGAUGAGCGGUGUCGUGUAGUGAAGACUCUUCGAACCCACGCGCACUCGCGCGCAACCCACGAGGAGUUGGGCAAGGCCAUUCCCGAGUUGGUGGACGUGCUCAAGCUGGAGCGCAGCAACCUCGACGCCGUGUGCGAUGCCCUCGAGACGCUCUACCUCAUCUGCAAGCCCGAGAAUGAAGGAGCCGCCGGUUAUGUGGAGCUCUACAACGCGGGCCAGUUUGUAGAGGAGGAAGGAUACGUGGGUGUCCUGUUGGCGCUCCUCGAAGAGAAGGAGUCCUACGUGCGCCUCAAUACCGCCCAGCUCCUCACCACCCUCAUCCAGCAGAAGGCUUCCACCCUGCAGGAGUACAUUCUCCGCGCUCAGAUGGGCGUGUCUCGUCUGAUGGACCUGCUGGUGGACCAUCGUGAGAGCGUACGCAAUGAGGGCCUGCUGCUCUUGACACACUUGGCGCACUCCAACCAGGAGAUCCAGAAGAUUGUCGCGUUUGAGGGUGCUUUCGAGAAGCUGUUCUUCGUGAUUGACGCCGAGGGUGCUGCCGAGGGUGGUAUCGUGGUGCAGGACGCCUUGAAUCUGAUGAACGCCCUGAUCGCCGGCAACGUUUCCAAUCAGAAUUAUUUCAGAGAAACGUCCUGCAUCCAGCGUCUGCCUCCGCUGCUGCGUCUGGGCCAGACGGACCAAUGGUUCCUCACCGAAGAGCGGGCGGCCAUCCUGCUCCUCGCGCUUGACACCAUCUCUCUGCUCGUCUCUGCGCACAACCCCAACACUUCGACCAACCAGACUGCUAUCAGGAAGCACGGGCUGCUGGACCUGGUCAUGCACCUCGCCUUGUCCCGCAUCAACUCCCCCGCCGUCCGCUCACGCGCUCUGCGCACGCUCGGGAACGUGAUGAAGGACAGCAGCGACAACCGCAACGCCUUCAUGUCCAAGGUGGUGGAAACCGAGGACGGAGGACAGAAGCAGCCGGCCCUGCACAGGCUCCUGGUGAUUUUGUUGAACUCGAGGGACGUGUCGGAGCGACUGGGUUCGCUCUACGCCUUCAAGUCGUACCUCCACGAAAACGAAGAGGGCCAAAUCGCCCUGGCCUCCACCCUCAGGCCCAGCCCGAUCGCCGAUGGAGACGAAGACAGCGUUGAGUCGUUUUCCAUUGGCCGUCGUCUUCUCCACGGACUCAUCGUCGAGGGUGCCCUCAACGGAGACGGGUUCAGCGGGUGGUUCGCCGGCUGUGUGCUCUCCUACAUCGUGGCCGACAGCCCCACCUGCAAGAAGUUGAUGUUGGACAUCCCGCUGGAGAUCCCUCGGUCCGACCAGCCGAUUGUGUCCCUCCUGGCCAAGAUUGGUCACGCCAUCAUCGAUGUCUACACCUCACCCAAGGGCGAUACUCUCGUCCUCGUCGCCCUGCUGCGGCUGCUCUGUAUGUGGGUGCACGACUACUCGCCAGCGGUCAAGGCUUUCUUCCAGAACGCCAAGCACCUCCCCUUU